CGCAAUUCCACACAUCGAUACUAUGAGCUCCCUCCGCAAGUUGAUUCCCUUCGGUAACCGCGUGCUGGUCAAGCGCUUCGAGGCGGCGGCCAAGACGGCCAGUGGCAUCUACCUGCCGGACGCCGAGAACAAGCAGCAGAACGAGGGUGAGGUCGUUGCCGUGGGCCCAGGUGCCCGCGCACCCGAUGGAACGCUCAUCCCGGCUCAGAGCGCUGUGGGCGACAAGGUUCUGCUGCCUGAGUACGGUGGCAGCUCCGUCAAGCUUGGCGACAAGGAGCUAUUCCUGUUCCGCGACGAGGACAUCCUCGGCAAGCUCGAGUAGAUUUCUUCCUCAACUUAGACGCCUCCUGGAGGCUAUUUGAGGGUAUUUGACCAGCCAAGACCCGCAUCAGCUUAAUUGGAGUCACUUGGGACGCUAAUGAGGCAUCCUCCGAUCCUCUUGAGAUGGAGGGGAUGAGGUAUGCGGGAUAAUAAAGUAUGUUAGCCCGGUUUGACAUG